UGUCAAUUCUAGUUUACCGUCGUCGUGGAAGUUUAGUCGCUCGCUUGUUCACCUGAAAGCGUUGUUUCGCUGUUCAGUGAUAUUUGGCCUAGGUUUUCGGGUAAUUUUGUUCCUCAGGCUUAAAUUUAUUCUCCAAAAUCAGUACAUAAAUUUACUUUGAUAUGGCAGAUGAUGUAACACUGGCGUUUAAGCUGUACAUCCUUAUGGUGUUGACCAUCAAUGGGACUGGAUACAUUCUUCUCGUACGAUACACACGAUCUCGUGAAGGUCCUAUGUACUACUCCACCACUACUGUCAUGCUCACCGAGAUCUCCAAGCUCUUGAUUUCCUUAAUGAUCCUCAUUAAAGAACAUAGGAGCAUCCGUGGGAUGAUAAGCGAUGUGUACAUGAAUGUUAUCUGUAAGCCCUCAGACUCUUUUAAGAUGUGCAUACCUUCUGUCAUUUAUGCCAUUCAAAAUAACCUAGCAUUCUUCGCACUCUCAAACUUGGAUGCUGCCACGUAUCAGGUUACAUACCAACUGAAAGUAUUGACGACAGCUAUGUUCAUGGUACUGAUGAUAGGCAAACCCAUCAGCCGGACGCAGUGGACUGCUCUAUUAAUUUUAUUUACGGGCAUUGCACUUGUUCAACUUGAUUCUGCCAAUGUUAAGCAAGAUUCUCAUUACAAUUACACUUAUGGCUUAGUUGCUAUUAUAUUAUCUUGUUUAUGCUCAGGAUUUGCAGGUGUUUAUUUUGAGAAAGUGUUGAAAGGCUCUGACACAUCGCUAUGGAUACGCAAUGUUCAGAUGUAUUUGUUUGGUAUCAUAAGUGCUUUUAUUGGUGUUGUUACCAAAGAUGGCAAUAAUAUCAUGGAACAUGGAUUUCUAUAUGGUUAUAACUUUUCUAUUUAUUGCAUCAUAGGUAUGGCAAGUAUAGGAGGCUUGUAUACAUCAGUAGUAGUAAAGUACACAGACAACAUCAUAAAGGGGUUCUCAACGGCAGUAUCUAUCGUUGCAUCUGUAAUCUGUUCCUAUUUUAUGUUUGGAUCAUCUUUUGGACAGUAUUUCCUGGUUGGUGCAGGUUUAGUGAUGUUAGCAAUAUAUCUGUAUAGUCUACCGAAGCCAGCUCCUAAAGCUGCUCCUGUCACACAGAACGUUUAAGGUCAGAGGUUAGGUAGCGUCUUAUUGGGAACAUCUGCAUAUUUUUAGUACUCACUGAUAUGUGGCAAAGGCCAGCCAAACCAGUCACUCGUCGCAAAUCCGGUUUCGGAUAUAAUGGGCAAAACAUGCUAGAAUGUCAAAAUUUUUGAAAUCUCUUUUAUUGCACUGAACUAAACUUUUAUAUAUCUAUAUAUCAUGCUAUGCUGUUAUUUUCCUCAUUUUCAAUGUUAAAACAAUAAUUUUUAACGAUUUGGUGAUGGUUUCUCCCUUUCAAAUGCCCAAAAUCAUAAACUUUGAAAGCUGAUUUCUGAUGUACUAUUCUUUAAACAGCUGUAUGUUUAAACUCCUCUAACUUCAUAAUGAAAAGUCAGAUUUUAAUGAUUCUUUUACCAUUUUAUAGCUCUCAUUUUACUGUUUAACCAUGUAAUAAUAACUAAAAAUUGAUUUUUGCGAUGAGUGACUGGUUUGGCUUGUCUUUGCCACAUAUAUGGAAAUUCCUUUGUAUAAAUAUUCACAUAGAGUGUGCUUUUGGUAUCCACCAAUUUUGUUGACAUCAUAGAGGUAUUAUUACAUUUAGAGUGCUAACUAGGUGACAAAGGCAAUUAAGGCAAGGCAGCUAUAGACAGUAUCGAUAUAGGAAAUUUAGUAAGCCGCGCCCAUUUCAAAAUUUUAUUCCAUUCCAUAGCCGCAGUUGACAAUGUACCGAGAUAGUCCUUUCCUGGACAUUGUGUACAUUAAGCAGAAGCAGAUUUUUUGAAUCGGUACUCUCUCAGCUACAAGAUACCUGUAGCUGCCAUAAGAAAAAUACCACCUUCAAGGCAGCAACAGAUUACGGUACAACCAUAAUUUAAAGUAAUUAUUGUAUAAUUAACCAUAAA